GGAGCUAUCCCACCUCCGCUCACUUCACGAUUUGGUUCCACAUUUAAAAAACCGUUUGGACAAGAUGGCCAGACUUUGUCAACUGGCUUUCAUAGCUGGCCUACUGCUGGAGGUGUACGGACUGGCCGCUGAAAUCACAGAGCAACACCCAGGAACUGUGUUUGUGUCUCAACAGACAGCCGACGCGGUGCUGCGUCGCCUACGCAGGUACAACAGCAAGGUCUUUGAAGAGCUUCAGCCGGGCAACCUGGAGCGGGAGUGUGUUGAAGAAUCCUGCACGAUGGAGGAGGCCAGGGAGGUGUUCGAGGACGACGACAAAACUACGGCGUUCUGGGCCCGUUACAUUGACGGUGACCAAUGUCAGCCCCCUCCCUGCCAAAACGGAGGUGAGUGUGAAGAUGGAAUCCGCACAUAUACCUGUUAUUGCAAUUCAAACUUCAACGGCAAGAACUGUGAGAUCGAGUUGAAGAAGCAGUGUUCGCUCAACAACGGUGGCUGUUCCCAUUUCUGUCUGAUGCCGGCGGACAUACCCGUGUGUCGUUGUGCAGCUGGUUAUAAUCUCGGGCCGGACAAGAGAAGCUGUGAGCCGACAGAACAAUUCAGCUGCGGUCGCGUGGACACAUCCGCCUCCUCCCUAACCCCGCGGUCCUCAAACACCGAGCACAAUUCCAGCUACAACCUGGCGGAAGACUACGAUAUUGCAUCGUUUUACGACGACUACGGCAUCCAUGCCAACGAUUCAGGUCCGUCCAACGUCUCCGCGGCCUCCGCUGCGAAGAGGCGGUCAGUGAGGUCGGACCGGAGCUCCUCCGUAAGUCCGGCUGAGGCUGUCGUGAGCAGUGGGGAAGCAAGGAGUGCCACUGAAGUGGAGAAAAAGCAGCUGCCUUCCUGGGCUUUCUUCCCCACACUCCCCACCAUCACAGAACAGGACAACACUGACCAGAGGAUCGUGGGAGGCAAUGAUGCGAUUCCCGGAGAGAUCCCUUGGCAGGUUGCCCUGAUGUCUCACUCAGACGUCCUUCAAAGAGCAGAAGUUUUCUGUGGGGGAUCUCUAAUCAGUGAAUUAUGGGUCCUCACCGCUGCCCAUUGUCUGGUGCCGAAUGAUGUUAAAAGACAGAAUUUCUUCGUCAGAGUCGGUGAACAUGACGUGACCCAGGCUGAGGAUUCAGAGCGAGAUCACGAGGUGGCAGAGAAGCAUAUGCACCACUUGUAUGAUAGCAAAAAGUCCCUGGUAGACAACGACAUUGCCCUCCUGAAGCUCGCCACUCCAGUGGUAUUGUCCAACCAGCGGCGCCCUAUCUGCCUGGGCCUCAAAGACUUUACGGAAAGCAUAUCGAGGGAAACCCCCACGUCUCUGGUGAGCGGCUGGGGAAAACUGAAGACCACAGGCAUACAGCCCAACACGCUUAAGAAGCUGGAGGUGCCCUACGUGGAUCGCACAGAGUGUAAAAAGAGCAGCCAGACGCCCAUCACAAGCGGGAUGUUCUGUGCCGGCUUCGAAAAUGAAGCGAAGGAUUCAUGCAGCGGGGACAGUGGGGGGCCGCAUGCCACUAAUUAUAAAGGCACUUGGUUCUUGACAGGCAUCAUCAGCUGGGGGGAGGAAUGUGCCAAGGCAGGAAAGUAUGGCGUCUACACUCGAGUAGCACGGUUCAUUCCAUGGAUCAGAAAGACAACAGGGAUGCGAAUUAUCAACUGAAUGAUGUAGAGAUAUGAAAGGAAUAACAGAGGUGUCAGCCAACAGGAAGUGAAAGAUGUUCAACUGAAUCGUGUUAUUUUGGACCUCGGCAAUAAAAAGUCAGCAAAA